AUGAGGCACAGCAUUUGGUUCCUCGUCGUCGCCAUUCUUUCGCUUGCGCAGGCUGCCGUCUUCGCGCGACCCCAUCAAGAUGUGGCACUGGCCAGGCGUCAGAAUGGGCUCUUCGACUUGUUCAAUAACCUCGGCGGCAACCGGGGGAACAACCAGAACAACGACGAUAGCAGCAAUGACGACGACAUUGAAGACAAUGAGGAUGACGGCAGCAAUGACGAUAGCAACGACGAUAACAACGUCGACGUGAACAAUGGCAACAACUUGUUCAACCUUGGCAACUUGGGUAACCUGUUCAACUUCGGUAAUAAUAGGAACAACAACAACAACGACAACAACAAUAACAACGAUGAUGAAGAGGAUGAUAGCAGCAGCAACAACCGCGCCGUCACCGAGACCGAAACGGAGACUGAGACCGUUACUGAAACCGAACGAGAAACCGAGACUGUCACCGCCGACGCCGAGGCUGCAACCGUCACGGAAUCCGUCACCGAGACUGAGACCCUCACUGUUACCAUGAUGAUGACUGUCACCGGUCUUCCCGCUGCCGAGGGAGACGUUGACACUGUUAACAAUGCCGCCUCCACCGAUGGUGCCUCUUCCGUGGCUGAUGCGACAUCCGCUGUCGGUGACACUGUCGGUGACGUCUCUAGUGGCGUCGCUAGUGACGCCGCUGGUGCCGUCGAGACCCCCGCCGCAGACCUCGGAAACGCCGCUGGACAGAACAACCAAGGCAGCGUCGACACUCCAGUUGUUAUUUCUACUGGAAUCGGCAUCGUCCUCGUCUCGCUGCCGGAUACUCGCGGCCCCACGACUACGCUACCUAGGACCAACGUCGACGCGGCUCCCACGCCUCCACCUGCCGCGGCUGCUCCCGUCGUCAGCGACCCUGCUGCUAACAUCGGUGCCGGAUCGUCAGCGAUUGAUGCCUCUUCCGUCGCCGCCGUGGUUCCUCCCGUCGCUUCAGUAGCCCCGGUUGUUGACCCAGUGGCUUCAGUCGCUCCGGCCCCGGUCGUUGAUCCCGCAGCCUCAGCAGUUGCUCCCGCUCCAAUUGUCGACCCCGCCGCCUCAGUUGCGCCCGCGCCAAUCGCUGAUCCCGCCGCUUCAGUCGUCGCGCCUGUCCCUGUUGCGCCCGUUCCUUCGGCAGACCCUAUCGCCGCCGUCCCGCCCGUCGCCUCCCCCGCGGUUCCCGAUCCCGCCGCCACUGCUCCCGUACCCGUGACAGCCCCGUCUCCCGUCGUAGCACCUCCCGUUGCGGCACCUCCCGUGGCUGAGAUCCCCGCGCCCCAGAAUAACAUCAACCUCGGCGGCCUUGACGGAUCGAACAGCGUAGGCGCCGCUGAUCCCGCUGCACCCGCUGCUACUCCCGAUGCGUCUCCCGUCGCUGCACCCGCCCAGCUCGAUCUUAGCGGUCUCGACCUCAAUAACGUCGUUGACCUUGGCAAUCUUGGCUAG